CACACAACAUCACUACCGUCAAAGCUGCCCUUUUAUUCUCUCUUGCAAAAUCAAUGGUGUAGAUCAUAAAGGUGCAAACUUUCAUGUUGCAGUUGCGUAUCAUUUUCCACUGUGUCAAUCACCAGCACCACCAUUUCUGCAUUUCACAUAUUCCUCAGUUUUAUCACACUGAAGCCUGAAAAUAAUAUAAUAAAGAACAAAAAGCGACAGGAAAAAGAGAGGCUAGAGAAUAAACACAGUUCAACAAAGAAGCACUAAGUGGUUGCAGUUGCAUAGUGAAGCAUUAGCUAGCAUGGAAGAGAGGCCAGAGACGGAGCUGAUAUCCAUUCCGGCAACUCCACGUGCUUCAACGCCGGAGAUACUAACGCCAUCAGGACAGAGAUCGCCAAGGCCAGCAUCAAAGGAGGCAAAAUCUUCUGUAGCAUGGACUCCGACUUCGUUUAUAUCCCCGAGAUUUUUGAGCCCCAUAGGGACUCCAAUGAAGAGGGUUUUGAUAAACAUGAAGGGUUAUUUAGAGGAAGUUGGACAUUUAACCAAGCUUAACCCACAAGACGCUUGGCUUCCGAUCACUGAGUCACGUAAUGGAAAUGCUCACUACGCUGCGUUUCAUAAUCUGAAUGCUGGUAUUGGGUUUCAAGCGCUUGUCCUGCCCGUGGCGUUCGCUUUUCUUGGCUGGAGUUGGGGUAUACUUUCAUUGAUAAUAGCCUAUUGUUGGCAACUCUACACCUUGUGGAUGUUAGUUCAGUUGCAUGAAGCUGUUCCAGGAAAGAGGUAUAACAGAUAUGUGGAGCUAGCACAAGCAGCCUUCGGGGAGAGACUUGGUGUCUGGCUUGCUCUCUUCCCAACUGUUUAUUUAUCAGCAGGAACUGCAACAGCGUUAAUUCUGAUAGGAGGAGAUACGUUGAAACUAUUCUUCCAGAUAGUUUGUGGACCUCUCUGCUCCUCAAAUCCUCUAACAACGGUUGAGUGGUAUCUGGUGUUCACUUCUCUAUGCAUUGUCCUAUCUCAGCUCCCAAACCUCAACUCAAUUGCAGGGCUUUCACUAGUAGGGGCUAUAACAGCCAUUACUUACUCCACCAUGGUGUGGGUACUCUCUGUUAGCCAACAAAGGCCACCAUCAAUCUCUUAUGAGCCCCUUUCAUUGCCAUCUUCCGCAGCUUCUCUCUUUUCUGUGUUUAAUGCACUUGGAAUUAUAGCAUUUGCAUUUAGAGGCCAUAAUUUAGCUAUGGAAAUACAGGCAACAAUGCCAUCUACUUUUAAGCACCCAGCGCAUGUGCCUAUGUGGAAAGGAGCCAAAGUUGCCUAUGUAUUCAUUGCUAUGUGCCUGUUCCCAGUAGCAAUUGGAGGCUUUUGGGCUUAUGGAAGUCAUAUGCCUUCUGGAGGGAUGCUCAGUGCCUUGUUCGAAUUUCACAGUCAUGAUAUUUCAAGAGGACUUCUUGCUGUGACCUUUCUUCUAGUUGUGUUCAAUUGUUUAAGCAGUUUUCAGAUAUACUCGAUGCCCGUUUUCGACAGCUUUGAAGCUAGCUACACAAGUCGUACCAACCGCCCUUGCUCAAUUUGGGUUCGAUCUGGUUUUCGGGUCUUCUAUGGAUUUGUCAACUUCUUCAUAGGUGUGGCACUCCCUUUCCUCUCCAGUCUCGCUGGUCUAUUAGGAGGACUCACUCUUCCUGUCACAUUUGCUUACCCUUGCUUCAUGUGGGUUCUCAUUAAAAAGCCUGCAAAGUACAGCUUUAAUUGGUACUUCAAUUGGACCCUAGGUUGGUUAGGUGUGGCAUUUAGCUUGGCUUUCUCCAUUGGGGGCAUUUGGAGUCUGGUGAACAAUGGACUUAAGUUGAAGUUCUUCAAACCCAGUUAAGAAUAAGAUGAAAGCGGCCAAAAGGAGCACAAAAACUCUAAACGUUUCAAGUGGGAAUGUGGGAUUGUCCUAUUUGUUCUUGAUAUUUUCAGAGAAUUCAAAACUUAAUAUAUGCAUAUAUACGAUAUGGUGCAUAGGAUCACAGUUUCAUAUAAGUUGGGACAAAUUGUCUUCUCCUAGUGUUAUCCUGAUCUCUUGUCUGUCUACUUUACGAAUUUCAUAGUAAUUUGGUGAGGGUUGUGAAGCUUGACCAAUUCACUUGUUAAAAGCAUCAGUCGAAUUAAUUGAGCUUCGGUUUGUGAA